GAAAUUUCUGGGAAAUGUUAGCGAGAAAAACAUAGUAAGUGCUUCAUUGGCCAUUUGUUUCGGGUGAGUGUAGUUUUUUCCUCAGUUAACUGCACACAGGUGAACAGCUAUAACGAUCAUUUUCAUCAUACCUAUUAUUAUCAUCAGUCUUGACUCGCGCACAGUCUGUGACCGUCAUAUUUCAAAAUGACGGACGAAACAGACUCGGGGUUUAGGCCUAAUCUCACAAACACUACAAAGGAGAAGCUAGUGGAGGUCAUGAAAAGUAGGGGAGUUGAAGCCGCUGCUGUUAUUGAAGAAAAGUUUGGAGAUGUUAAGCACUUGACACACAAGCUUCAAACCUCGAUGAACAGGGGAAUAAUUGGAAUACACGAGGAUGUGAUGCACAGGCGAGCAGAGUUUGGAAACAACUUUAUGCCUCUGGAACCUACUAGACCUCCUUUACAAUAUCUUUUUUGUGCUUUGAAGGACAGGGUGAUACUGAUUUUGUUUAUAGGAGCUUUGCUCUCUGUAAUUCUGGGGGCUGUCUUUCCUGAAAGAUGUGAAGGUCGAAAUGGUUUGGCUGUAGCAAUGUACGAGGGUAUCGGAAUCAUGAGUACCGUAAUGAUAAUGAUUCUGUUGGUGGCUUUUAGUGACUAUCUUAAAGAAAGUCAUUUCCACAGUUUGCAGUCCAAGAUCAACAGAGAACGUAAAGUUAAGAUUAUCCGUGGAGGUAUUGUAUUAGAUCUUCUUGCUUCAGAGGUGGUUGUGGGUGAUCUGUGCCUGUUGAAUAAAGGAACUCUUAUCCCAGCUGAUGGAGUGGUUGUUCAGGAAAAUGAUCUUCUUGUCAAUGAAUCAACUUUGACAGGCGAGAAGAGUAUGGUCUCCAAAGCAAUAGACCCCCUGGUAUUUGCUGGCACCCAUGUUGUCAAUGGAAGUGGCAAAAUGAUUGUGUUGGUUGUUGGUCCCAAUACCCAGAUCUACAAGAGCAACAAUCAGUUUGCUACAUCACCCACUGCUAUUACAUUUAAGGCAGUUUUCCCCAAUGAAGCAGUUUUGAAUAUCAAUUCAGUUUCUUUUGACCACAAGGAAGAUAAUGCUAUGCUUCAACAAAAAGUUAAUAGGGUUGAAGUUGCUCUUGGUCAUAUCGGCAUCAUCCUGGCAGUAGUUGCCAUCUUAGUUAUAGUCAUCCGCUUUAGUGUGCACACUUUCUCUACACAAGGACAGUCCUUUGAGCCUGGUCUCAUUAAUGAAUACAUCAAGUCCCUAAUCAUUGGUGUUGUUGUGCUUAUCAUUGCUGUCCCAGAAGCCCUCUCUCUAGUGGUGUCAUCCUGUCUGGCAUUCUGUGUCAAGGAGAUGUACAAUGACAAAGCAUUGGUGCGACAUGUAAACAUGAUAGAAACAAUGGGAAAUAUUACAAACAUCUGCUGUAACAAGACAGGGGUUCUUACCCAGAAUCGCAUGGUAGUACAAAAGAGCUACAUUGGAGAACAAGUCUAUCUUUUUCAGGAGGACUUACGAGGGUUCAGAAGCAACAUCCCAAAAAACCUGUUUGAAGAUCUGUGCAAGGCAAUAUCCAUCAACACAAGUUAUUCAGCACAGAUCCUGGAGGGAGGAAAGGACAACAUUCCUAAGCAGAGUGGUGACAGGAUUGACGCUGCACUGUUGCAGUUUCUGUUCCAGUUUGGAGAGUACUACCAGUCCUGGAGAGAUGACUAUCCUGAGAGCAAGUUAAUUAAGGUUUUUGAGUUCACACCUGACCGCAAAUGUAUGAGUACUAUUAUCAGUGGUAAUCAAGGAGGCUAUCAGCUUUAUUCCAAGGGAGCUGCUGAGGUACUGCUUGAACAUUGCACUCAUAUUGUUGGAAUCAAUGGGGACCUGAAAGAAUUAACCAAGGAAAGUGUGGAGAAUCUAUCAAGAGAUGUGAUUGACCCUUGGCAGCAAGAGGGCUUGCGUAUUCUUUGUCUAACAACAAAAAGUAUAUCUCCUGAAGAUGGUGAGGGUCUAUUGAAGAAAAGAGAAAGUGAAAUUCUGUCAGGCUUGACACUCCAGGGGAUUGUUGGCAUUGAAGAUCCAGUGAGAGAACAGGUGCCAUAUGCAAUAGGGCAAUGUCAGAGAGCUGGUAUAACUGUGCGUAUGGUGACUGGUGAUAAUAUUAUCACUGCUACAUCUAUAGCUGUUAAAUGUGGUAUCAUCAAUAAAUCUGAUGAAGAGAGUCUUGUGUAUAAUGGGAAAGAGUUCAACUCAUACAUCCACGACCCUGACAAAAAGAUUAACAUUGACCGGUUUAAUACCAUGUUGCCCAAGCUAUGUGUCCUGGCAAGAGCAACGCCCCUAGAUAAGUACAUUUUAGUGAAAGGAAUAAUGGAGAGUCAUGUAAACCGUGCUGGGGAGAUUGUGGCUGUGACUGGAUCAGGAGCUAAUGAUGGGCCAGUCUUAAGAAUGGCAGAUGUUGGUUUCACUAUGGGAGUGGCAGGAACAGACAUUGCCAAGGAAGCCUCUGAUGUUAUCUUGUUAAAUGAUGACUUCAGCAGCAUUGUGAAUGCCAUUAAGUGGGGACGUCAUAUCUACCACACUAUCCUCAAAUUCCUGCAAUUUCAUUUUACUGCCUGCUGGGUGGCUGUUAUUGUGGUGAUCUUUGGAGCAGGCUUUGUGGGGAGGAGUCCACUGGUAGCUACACAGCUGCUUUGGAUCAAUCUGAUAAUGGACACACUGGCCUGCUUUGCCUUAACAAGAGACACUCCCAUUGACAGACUCAUGAAUUACAAACCGUAUGGUCGUCACAAACCGCUGAUUUCUCGCACUUUGCUCCGCAAUGUGAUUGGUCACAGCAUCUAUCAGCUGGUUGUCAUAUUUUUAUUGAUCUUCAAAGGAAGUGACUGGUUUGACAUUACAGAUGGUUUCCAUUCAGAGACGUUGUGCAUGCCAACUCAACAUGCCUCCAUGGUGUUCACAACAUUUGUGCUCAUGCAGCUGUUUAAUGAGAUCAAUGCUCGAAUGCUGCAGGAAAGAAAUGUCUUCCUUGGAAUCUACAAGAACUUCGCUUUCCUCAACAUAUGGUUUGGACAGUUGGCAAUGCAGAUCGUAAUAGUUGAGUUCUUCCACACAGCCUUUCAUGUGGAAGGCAUGGACCUGUAUCAGUGGAUGUGGUGCUUCUUUCUUGGCUUCUCAGAGCUCAUCUGGGCUCAGAUUAUCUUUACCAUUCCCAAGGAUGUUCUUCCCGAAGCAUUCCGCUGUAUUGCUGUAGGUGCUCCAAAAGGCCGAGGCAUUGCUUACUAUAGGAGCAGCUCCCGUGUUGAACAGCAGGACAGUGGUAUAGUCAACUCACUGUUGAGUCCAGUGGAUGAUUUUCUUGAGAUUGUGGAAGAAUGCCCGCCCAUGGAAUAGCUACCUUGCAUCUACUCAUGGAACAGAAUGCUGUGUUUCGUAUAAGUGGAGUAAAGCUUGAUAGUAGGGAAAUUAAAACUAAAGUAAUUAUAGAAAAAACCGAUCAGGAUUGGAGUUAGUUUAAAUGGUGUGUGCCGCUGUUGUUUGAUGGCGAUGGUACAUUGGUUACCGAGUCAUCAUGGUAACAAACAUUCAUUACCUAGAAAGACUGAAGUAAGCUGGCACCCCGUAAAAACUGUUGCCAUAAAAUUUUUUUUCUUGUAUGUAGCCAAAGAGACAUGAAAUCAAUGAGCUGAUCAAUCGAUCAAAAUUAAUUGGCGAGCUUAUCGUCCUUUUGCAUGUUAGCUUUGUUUCCUUCGUAACUUUGUAAGUAGCCCUGACAGCUUUGGUGUGCUGUGGAAAAAAGGCUCGACUCCUACCCAUCCCUAGGGCUUGAAUAGAGAGAGGAAGGAAGAAUGGUUUCUUCUCUUAUUUUCCGCUUUCCUUUUUUCGACUACAUAACAUGCUGCCCCGACCCAUUCCUAUUUCAAUCGAGCGUUAAACAAGAUUCAUAAGAAAAGAGUUGAGCUGUAGUUGAUGACUUUUAUUACAGAUUUAGUAAACAACAGUUUUAAGAAGCUUUUCCAACUAAGUACCUUUGAAGUUUAAAAAUCGUGGUACGAUUCAGAUCCCAAAAUUGUAAGUUUGUAGUAUAGUACCAUAAACGUCUUAUCAAUCUUAUAGAUGCCAAGCACCGUUGUUAUACACAUUAAAAACAGUUACGUAAUGUAAUCAGCUUCUAAAGCUUACCAACUUUUAAGAUGUACCGCAUUUUCAGUAUUUGAGGCCAUAUUUGCUUUGUUCAAGAAGGUCAACUUAUUUAUGUAACAUGUAGAGUACAUUGUGGGGUAAAUUUUAUAAGGCCAAUAAAGACUUGACUGCUAUGUUGAGAAUUAAACUUC